GCCCCCCGCCGAGUCCCGGCUCCGCAGAGCGGUCCCAGCUGGCCCGCACUCCGCCGCCCCCUGCCGCCUCCGCCGUCCAGACAACCAGCCCCACCAUUCAGCGAACAAGAUACCCUCCAGAUAUGCCCUGUGUGCAAGCGCAGUAUAGCCCUUCACCACCUGGUUCGAAUUAUGCAGCUCAGACCUAUGCUUAUGGCACGGAGUACAGCUCAGAGAUCAUGAACCCGGACUAUACCAAACUCACCAUGGACUUGAGCAGCACUGAGAUCACUGCUGCUGCUGCCACCACCUCCCUGCCCAGCUUCAGCACCUUCAUAGAAGGAUACUCUGGCAACUAUGAGCUCAAGCCCUCCUGCUUGUACCAAAUGCAAUCUGCCGCCUCCUCCUCCAGCCAGAGGCCCCUCAUAAAAAUGGAAGACAACCGGCUGCCUAGCUAUCACUCCUCACUGCCACCCUCCACAGAUGAAGGGAUGCCCAGUACCUCCAUGUACUUCAAGCAGUCUCCCCCCUCCACACCCACCACGCCAGGAUUCCCCUCGCAUCAAACUUUGUGGGAUGAACCACCACACUCGCUGCAGCCUGCACAGACCUGCAUGGCCCCCAGUCACCUGAUGGACACUGCUCCUAUGAAGACUGUGCCCACACGUUUCCCCCUCUUCCACUUCAAGCACUCACCACCUCACACGCCAGCAUCUGGAAGCCACAUGUGCUAUGACCCUGCCUCCCUGAGCCUUCCCCUUGGACCCGACAGACCCACUGCCAGCCAGGCCACUAUGGAGAGCCACCCUUAUGGUCUCCCCCUCACCAAGAGAUCAGCCGCCUUAGCCUUCUCAUCACUGGGCCUCAAUACAGCCACUUCCAGUUUGAUGGGUGAGAGCAGCAGUAGCAGCAGUGGCCUCCCAUCCCCACCUAGCAGGAGCUCCUCAUCUGGAGAGGGCACUUGCGCUGUGUGUGGGGACAAUGCUGCCUGCCAACACUAUGGAGUACGGACGUGCGAAGGCUGCAAAGGCUUCUUCAAGAGAACAGUUCAGAAAAAUGCAAAAUAUGUUUGUCUGGCAAAUAAAAACUGUCCAGUGGACAAGAGACGUCGUAACAGAUGCCAGUACUGCCGAUUUCAGAAGUGUCUCAGUGUUGGCAUGGUUAAAGAAGUUGUCCGCACUGAUAGUUUGAAAGGGAGAAGAGGCCGGCUGCCUUCCAAACCAAAGAGCCCCUUACAGCAGGAACCUUCUCAGCCAUCCCCACCUUCUCCUCCAGUCAGUAUGAUAAAUGCCCUCGUACGAGCUUUAACUGACUCCACACCCAGAGAGCUUGAUUACUCCAGAUACUGUUCCACUGACCAAGCUGCUGCAGGCACAGAUGCAGAACAUGUGCAACAGUUUUAUGAUCUUCUGACUGCCUCCAUUGACAUAUCCAGGGGCUGGGCAGAAAAAAUUCCAGGAUUUACUGACCUCCCAAAGGAAGAUCAGACGUUACUCAUAGAAUCAGCUUUUUUGGAGCUGUUUGUACUAAGACUCUCCAUCAGGUCUGAUACUGCUGAAGAUAAGUUUGUAUUCUGCAAUGGACUUGUCCUUCAUAGACUUCAGUGCCUUCGUGGAUUUGGGGAGUGGCUCGACUCUAUUAAAGACUUUUCCUUAAACUUACAGAGCCUUAACCUUGAUAUCCCAGCCUUAGCAUGUCUGUCAGCUCUAAGUAUGAUUACAGAACGGCAUGGAUUAAAAGAACCAAAGAAAGUGGAAGAGCUAUGCAACAAGAUCACUAGCAGCUUGAAAGACCACUUAGCUUUCAGCUGUCAAAACAAAGGACAACCACUUGAGUCUGCGGAGCCUAAGGUACUGGGUGUUCUUUCUGACUUGCGUUCUCUCUGCACACUGGGACUGCAGCGCAUCUUUUACCUGAAACUGGAAGAUCUGGUGCCACCCCCUUCCAUCAUUGACAGGCUGUUUCUGGACACCUUACCCUUCUGAGUCUCAGAUAAUACUCAUGGAAGGCAGAUGCCCACCAGAGCAGGCAAAUGGAUUGUCACGUACAGAUAACUUCUCUGCCUUUCAUAACAGAAAAGCAGCUCCAGCCCUAAAAUGAGGACUUUUCCUUGCAGUCUGAGGCCUAAAACUUAGCUGCAUAUUCUCUGGGGGUUGUGUUUUGGGUUGUUUUGUGUGAAAUGGGGGUUUUUUAAUUGCUAAUAUGGCACUUUUGGACGAUGCUAUCCCAGCAGUAAAAGGUUAACAUGACUGUUUUAAAUCUAAUGUUUAACACCUCAUUAUAUAUGGGGAAUAAAAUGGUAGAAAACUGUGUGUUUGAAAACAAGAACAACAAAUAGUUGUUUGCCAGGGUAGUAUGUGUUUUGUGACAAUACGUUAGCAUACUUCCUGUAUCAAGGGCACAUAUAUUGGCACAAACUAAACAAAAGUUCACUUUUUUUAACAAAGUACAUACAAUUGAGUAUUUCAUAUAAAUAAGAUAUAGCAAAAUGACAAUGGCUGUUAGCUCCCAUGUUCAAGUGCAAUUUUUUAAAGUGCUGUCUUACUAAGUCUUGUUUAUUAACUAAUUUAUUUUAAUAUGAAGAUAAAAACAGAAGAAAUCCAGUAAGAAAAUUAAAUGCACUAACUUACAUGACAGUUUCCCAAACUUGAAUCCAUGUAGUGUGACAUACUGACAAAUUAGUGUGGAAAACACUGGUACAGAUUGUGAUUCAGUUGAGCACUGGUUCCUUAGAUAAGGAAAUAAAAGUAAGUAGUGAUUGGAACAUACAGGGUCAGCAUCAGGGACAGUUACAUUUUAGAAUAUAAUCUGGAUAAGUUAGUUAACAGACAUAAAUGGUUUUGAAAAAGAAGCAAGUCUUGUAAAAUAGUAUGAAUGUAAGUGCUAGAAAGGAUAUAGUGGACUGCAUUUAAACAUUCCGUGUUCGUACUCCUUUUUUGUAUGUUUAUACUGUUGAUGCCAUAUUAAUAUGAAAUAAUUUGUUGCAUAGUGUCUUUAUUUGUAUAAAUGUUUGUAUGCAUGGUAUAUUGUAAUUGCUUUGCCUGUAUUUAUUGCAAUGACUGCCAGCUCACGGGAGCCGUGUUACACUGAGUAACUAAGGUGUUCACACUGACUCAGUUACAGCAGUUAGAGAACUAUAUACAUAUAUAUAUAUAAUCUGUUUAUAUAUGUAUAUAUCUGUGUGUAUGUCUUUUUAUUAACCAUUUGUAUAUAAAAUAUCUGUCACUUCACAAGCAGUUAUUUUACAGUUUAUUUGCAGUGACUUUUAAGGCAGUACUGUUUAGCACUUUGAUAUUAAAAUCUUGCUCAUGUUUUGCUAAAUUCAAAUAAUAUGUAAAGAUUUUAGUUCUAAAAAACUUUAUAUGCACUGUAUUAAAUCAAAAUUUUGUUGGUCAUUUUGCUAAGAAAAAUUUUUUGAAUGUCAAUCUGAUGUCACUGUAUCUUUUGUUAGCUUUAAACAUUCUAGCUUUUGUCUUUUUUUAAACUAUGCUGUUUAUAUGGAAAUUAAAUUAUACAAUCAAACAGAUGCCAAAUGAAUUGCCUAAUUGCUGCAAAGGAUAACCCAGAUAUCAGUCAUUGUAUGGUUUUAAAAUAGUUAUCUGGUAUUUUAUCACUUAUGUUUUGAUGUGCUUUAUGAAAAAUUAUUCUUAUAUUGAGAUUUCUAGUAGCGUCAAUAGGAAAACGGACUUUUAAUCACUAAAGUUAAUAUUUCCAGCUUACCUGCAGAAAAUAUUUGGAAGAGUAUUGCUUUUUGUAUUGACUUUUAAGCUUACGUGCAAACAUAAUAGCAUAAUUAAAUAUCAGAGAAUCUCAUGUUUCUUGUAGGUUGGUGUUUCACCUCACCUAUAAGACAAGUAUAUUUUGACUGAAUCUGAACUUUUGUAUAUAACACACACACACACACACACACACACACACACACACACACUUCAAAGGUAUGUUUACUUCUGUUCCCUUGUGUAAAAUACAAAGUCUCUUAAGACAGUGGGGGUCAACCUUUUUUUGCAGGCAUGCUACAAAUUAUCCCCUUUCCCUGCCCAGUCUGCUGGUCUACAUUCUUUCUGCUCCUAGUCCUGCAUUCCCUGCCUGAUCUGCUGCUCUGCUUUCUGCUUUCUUCCCUAUGCUCCCUGAGCCAGCUGCUGUUGUGCUCCCUGCUCCCUCCCUGAUCUCCUGUGUGCCACACACAGAGGUUGCCUGUGCCCCUCACAGCACCCAUACUGCAGGUUGGCCACCCCUACCUUAAGAAAUCAUCUUUUUAAAGACAAAUCUUGAGAAGUGCUGAGCAUCCUCACCUCCCAGACGUGGGCUUGCAGCACUAAUGGGACUAGCUCAUUGAAAAGUAUUUUCACACAAAUUAGUAUUGUACAAUUAAAGGACUUGUUGCAACCAACUACAUUUCUUAGGACAGAUGUUGCUCAUAGCAGGUCCCGAGCCCUAUGUUAGAUGUCAUGUAGCCAGUGUGCUUCAGUCUUCCAUAGAUGUUCUCAACUGUGAUACUAUUCAAAAGCAUGUAAUCUAUGGAAUGUUCUUCACACUUAUUUCAGUUCACAAAAAUUAUUCAUGCAGUACGAUCAAUGGCAAAUCAUGAUAGCAAAAGAAAGAAUUAAAGCAGAUAAUUCUGCUACUUUUGUUAGAGCUCUCAGUGUGAACAUGCCUUUUUUGCAGGCUGAAUUCAGGACUAUAUCAGCUGUUAAAGGAGAGUGCCUUGCUUUUAUUUCAGACAGAGUGUUUCAAAAGUUUCUCUGCUCCUCUAACAGCAGUGCUUUUUUGUGUUAACCUGUGGGUUGAAAGAAAUGAUGUUCUUGUACAUAUACAAUGUAAAUUAAAAUGAUUAAAUUGAAUAACAUCUUUUUCAGAGCC